AGCUGUGUGGUUCUGUGUGCUUAGUUGAGCUGUGCAAGACAUUUGGACUCAUAUCUUCUGGAUUUGUAAAUUACAAAGGCUUUUGAUUUCUGCAACCAAAUCCUGUAUCCGUUAAUUUCUUAAAGAAAAUGAAAAACCCCCUUGUCCUGUUAUGGUCCUUCAAUUUUUUUGGAUUUUCCUAUGGGACUGGAUUCAUGUACCAAUUCCCAGCAUCCAGUCUGCAACACAAUUAUCCUGAUCAGAAUGCAGCGUCUGCCGCCAACAGCUUUCAAAACCGUCGAAACUGGUGUCAGUUUACUGUAACAAGAACCGUUACCUGCCAAGUACAAAAUGGAUCUGAAACGGUGGUUCAAAGAGUUUAUCAAAGCUGCAGAUGGCCCGGACCCUGUGCGAAUCUUGUGAGUUACAGGACCGUUCUCAGGCCGUUAUAUAAAAUGUCCUACCGUACAGUGACCACUAUGGAAUGGAGAUGUUGCCCUGGAUUCACUGGAAGUAACUGCGAGGAAGAAUGCAUGAACUGCACACGGCUUGCUGCUAUGGUAGAAAGAAUAAAUCAUCUUGAAGCUAAGAUUGUCACCUUGGAAGCUGCUGAAAAAGUAUCUGAAAACGACCUUCCAAUCACAAGAGCUACAUCACCUUGGAAUGAGGGUUACUUACCAGAUGCCAUUCCACUCCUGAGCCCAGGAGGCAUUUUCAGGAAAUCUGUUAAACUUCCACCAGGAUCCAAAGGGGAUUUUGAAGAAACAAGAACACGAGGUUUACCUGGGCCACCUGGGUCAAUUGGACCAGUGGGAUUGCCUGGAUCCAAAGGAGAGCGGGGGCAAGCUGGCGAAGUGGGUCCUGCAGGUCCACCAGGACCCAUAGGACCAAGAGGACGUCCUGGUGAAGCUGGGAAUCCUGGGCCACCUGGCCUUCCAGGGCCACCUGGACCUCCAGGAAUUCCCGUCUCUGUUCCAGAAGGAGUUCUGUACUCUUUGCAGCCUACUAUAGAUAGAGAAAAUGGAGAGCCACAUCUUGUGUCAACAAUUACAGACACAAUAAUGUCUGGACUUCCUGGUCCUCGUGGACCACCAGGCCCUAUUGGACCACCAGGACCUUCUGGACCAAGAGGACUCUCUGGACCAAUGGGCAUUCCUGGGCCACAGGGUAAACCAGGAUUAGCAGGUCAGCCAGGAACAAAGGGAGAAAAAGGAGACCAAGGGGACAGGGGUUUGCCAGGAUUGACAGGAGAGCAAGGUAUUAGAGGUCCACCUGGUGAACCUGGUAUUAAAGAAGAAGGACACAAAGGAGAAGAGGGAGAAGGUGUCCAACAGCUAAGAGAAGCCCUGAAAAUUUUAGCAGAGAGAGUAUUGAUUUUGGAACACAUGAUAGGAAUUCAUGAUACACCUUCUUCUGUUGAGCCAGGUUCAGGACAGGAUAUUCCAGGUUCAUUUAUGCCUAGCAACAUUAAACUCAAACGGCAACAGCAGCAGCAGCGGUACCCAGAAUAUGACAUUUUUUCAUCACUGCUGUAUGACAGGGAAUCUGAUCAAAAAUGAGAAAAUGUAGCACCCAUCUUUUCUGAAAUCAGUACAUGACUGCCCACUGAUUAAAGCCAAAGUAUUAUUCCAGUAUUGUCAGAAAGUGCCUUACAAACAUUUGCAAGAUUUUUGUUCUUUUAAAGGAGACAUUUUUAUGAAAUUACCUUUAACUACAUUUUUUUAAAAAUCCCUUAAUUACUGUUUACAUUUUGGUAUAGAUUUGCAUUU